AUGGAUCAUUCUUUGAAGGCGUCUACUUCGUGCUCUUUGUCCCCGCCACCUGGAAGUCUGUCAAAAAUAAACCCCAUGAGCUCUCUCCAGAAGUUUUCUGUGCUUCUAGUGCAUCUUGCUGCAUUGGGGUUCGUUCAAGCUGGAAACUUACAGAGACCUGACCCUUCUCUCUGCUCGGAUACACACAAAGGCUCAGACACGUUCGUUAAUAAGGGGCUCGUGGCGUUUGGAUUCAUUCCCUCAGAUGCAAAGGACAAAUAUGGUGAAACUUUGGGCGGCUUUGGAAGCGCCAUGGCACUUCAGCGUGGAACCUUUAGGGCCAAGCCAGAUGGUACAUUCGAGGGCAAAAUGAUUGUUCUGCCGGACCGAGGCUAUAACGUAGAAGCGCCGAUCGAUUGGCAAACUCGCCUGCAUUAUCUAUCCUUUAUGAUGAAGCCUUACUAUGGAACCGACAAUCUCACCUUUGCCGACGCACAGAAGACCCUGCAGCUGCAGUACCUAUCGACGACGCUAUUCACCUUUCGUGACCAGCCCACUUCUGGAGCAGAUCCCUCCGCAUUCAAGACCUUCCCUGGAUCCUCCAUUCAGUAUCCAAUCGCUGCCAGCAAUUAUACGAGACUCACUACUGAUACAGAAGGUCUCGUACAAAACGCCGACGGAACUUUCUGGAUCAGCGACGAAUACGGUCCCUACAUCUACCUUGUAUCAUCGAAAGGCAAGGUGCUGAAAACCAUAGCACCUCCGGAUGCUGCCCUUCCGAGAAUCAACGGAUCGCUCAACUUUACCUCAAUCAGAGACCCAGACACCGGCCGCAGUGCAAACCAAGGUUUUGAGGGUCUCACCACCUCUGCUUCGGGCGACAAAGUCUAUGCCCUCAUGCAGUCAGCACUACGCCAGGAUGGGGGAGGAAACAAGACGACCAAUCGCUACGCGCGUUUGUUCAAAUGGGACGCCCAUAACUUGAAGCUCGAAGCUGAAUACGUGGUUCCACUUCCGCAGAGCUCCAAGCCAUCGACUUAUGCCCAGAGCGAGAUUCACUGGUUGAACAAAAAUCAGUUCCUUGUGCUCGCUCGAGAUGGUGACGGAAAUGGUGGAGAUGGUGCCAAAUCCGCGUACAAAUCCAUCGAUAUCUUUGACACGAGCAACGCGACCAAUAUUGCCAAUACAAUAUACGACUCUGCCACUGGUUCUGUCGCACCUGGUGGCCAGCUCUUGGGCACUAUCGUACCAGCAACGUACACCCCAUUCGUCUCUCUCCUCAACACCACACAACUCGCUCGCUUCGGACUCCACAAUGGCAAGCCGGUCGAUCAAACGUUGAUCAACUCUAAGUGGGAGAGUCUUGCGCUUGCUCCAGCGCGAGAUCCUCAAAAUCCGGACGAUUACUUCUUGUUCACCUUCUCGGACAAUGACUUCCAAACCACGAACGGAGUAGCGAUGGGUAAACCGUACAAUGCGAGCAUAAACGUGGAUAAUCAAGCGUUGGUUUGGCGUGUUACACUCCCAUCCGUUAAACGGGGUUCCGUCGAGGAGGCGAUUGGUAUUUAG